AUAUAAAUCUAAAUCGAGCGGAGAGAAAAUCAGCAGAUUCUCUCGAGGGACAGAAACGCAUUCGUGUAUACGGAAAUUUUCCUACGCGCGUUUUAAUCGAAGGGACGGACGCGAUUGCUUUGCGCAGUAAUAUAUCUUAUCGGUUAAGAGAACGAUAAAAUCUCUCACGGAUGAAAAGUAUAAACGUGUGAUCGAACUCCAAAGUGUCAGAUAAACGGCAGGUAAUCGCUGCGUGUCGCGUCGUGAAAAUCGUAUAAUAUUAAUCGAGAGGGAGAAAGAGCGGUCGCGCGCAUAUACACUCUCUCCUUCGCGUUAUUUUAAUUAACCCGAAAGUCACCCUCGUCUCGGCGCAUUGUUCUUACAUAACGAAGGAUGGUAUGGCGGCGCAGACAUACGGUCGGAUACCGGAUAUUUCUCGUUAUUACUAUACCAGCUACGUACAUUUUUUGCGCCAGUAUGGCGGGACUGUUCUCUGACAGUUCGAGUAUCGGCUACGAAGCAGACUGGCGAGGACGUAAAUUGCUACAGAUGAGCGAGUUGGAACAACAACAGGGAAACGACAGUUACAAUUGCACGCCGCCGGCGAUCAAAGAAUUCCCGCCCGACGGAUUUACACGGCAGCAAAGACAGGCAGGAUUUAUAAUAAUCCACUUCGUCAUCGCUAUCUAUCUGUUUUUAUUACUUGCCAUUGUCUGCGACGAUUAUUUCGUUCCCUCUAUUAAGAAAAUUUGCGAGAAACUCCAUGUCACCGAGGAUGUGGCCGGCGCGACCGUGAUGGCGGCUGCGAGUUCGAGCCCGGAAUUGUUUAUCAACGUCAUCGGCACUUUCGUGACAGAAGGUGAUUUGGGAGUCGGCACGAUCGUCGGUUCCGCGGUGUUCAACAUAUUGGCAGUGCCCGCGUGUUGCGCGCUGUUCGCGAACGAGGUGUUACACUUAGAAUGGUGGCCUGUGUCGCGCGACACACUCGCAUACGCUUUUACGGUUCUUCUCUUGAUAUUAACUCUGCAGGACGAACGUGUCGAAUGGUACGAGGCGCUCGUCCUCGUCAGCUGUUACAUUUUGUAUAUAACAGCAAUGUGUUUCAAUCGUCGUAUCAGUAAUUUUAUAAGUCGACUAACGUCUAGAAAGAAGAACAGAUAUAGAAAUAUCUGCGAAGAGAGCCCCCUGCUUUUACCGAAUAACUUGAUCAAAGAAACGGAGAUAUGUGGAUUUUCAAGUUCAAGUGAGGCGGACGAAUCACUUAAUAUAGUGAAUCUAACGUCUUGGCCGACUUCAACGUGUGAAAAAAUAUGGUGGAUAAUUACUUGGCCAAUUAAUGUAAUAUUACUCAUCACUAUUCCCGAUUGUAGAAGAAGCAAACUACGAUCUUGCUAUCCUGUUACGUUUUUCAUGUGUAUCAUAUGGAUCGCAACUACAUCUUACAUUAUUGGAUGGGUCAUCACUAUUAUCGGCAAUACUUUUAGAAUUCCUGAUUCUAUUAUGGGCUUAACGUUUCUCGCGGCGGGAAUGAGCGUACCUGAAGCAGUUUCAAGUGUUAUCGUCACAAAUCAAGGUUUAGGAGCUAUGGGAAUAAGUAAUUCAAUCGGAUCAAAUGUAUUCGAUGUAUUAUUGUGUCUCGGACUUCCCUGGUUUAUAAAAGCUGCGCUAUUACCAAAAAUACCUGGAGAAUAUUUCGUUCAGAUCAAUUCUCAGGGACUAGUAUACAGUUCGGCAUCUCUCUUUUCUACGUUAAUCAUCUUAUAUGGAGCUUUAUUUAUUAACAAAUUCAAGUUAAAUCGAACAGUCGGAAUCAUCUGUCUCGUGAUGUACCUCGUAUUUUUGAUAUUCGCAUCUAUUGUAGAACUCAAUACAUUCUUCGUCGUUAAUUUACCGAUAUGUGUCGAUUAGGAAAAGCAUCAAUUUCCGUUCCGAUUUAGAAUGAUAUUUAUAUUUUUUGUUGAUAUUUGUAUCAUAAAUCUAUGUAUUAUCUGUAUGUUGCAGUGAACAAAAAAAAUUUACAAAACGUUUCUGUACAAGAUCAAACAAAGAUAUAUAAAUAUUAAUUUUUAAUUAUCAAAAUAAAAAACCUGAUUUUAUCUAUUAUUCAUAUAGCUAUUCAUGAAAAUCAUAUAAUCUUUAAUUUUUAAUAUUGUUUAUGUUCUAGAUAUUUAAAUCAUUAAUAGCACUCUGUAUAUAUGUCUAAUUUUUAUGCCUAAUUAUACAUUAACAAAAUAAAGAUGUUUAUCAACUUUAGUGAAAGAAUAUUUUUUAACUGUAGAUUGCAAAAAAGAUAUAUACAUAUAAUGUAUAGUAUACUAUAGUUCUCAGAUAUUACAAAUAGAGUAACAAAGAUGCAAAAUAAUUUCGUUAUUAAAUAGUCAUUAUAAAUGUAAUUACUGUAUAUGCAUGAACACCCAUAAACAUACAUACGCAUAGACAUAUGUAAUCUUACACGGUUUUAUUAGCAAAUAAAAAUUUAAUUAUAUUA